AUGUACAUCACCCUCUACUACCUAGUCACUCGACUCCCUGACACUCUCCGCUCGGUCAGGGACCACUUCCUCUCUCUUUGCCCUACCACCCUCACUGUCGACCUCCUCGAGGAGCGCCUCCUUGCAGCAGAGACUAGUAUUACCGCUGUAGGCGCCUCUCGUGGUGACCCCCGUACCCCUUUCUUUGAGGGGUGCUCCCCCGUUCCUCUUUUGCCCUCUGUUGCCUCUGCUGCUGCUGUCGACCUUGUUGGCACCGAGUCGGUCAGCGCUGCGUCUGCUCCUAGUGAGAGGCGCCGCAUCAGCAAGGGCAAGCGGAGCAAGGGAGCUGGAGGAGGUGGUGGGGGCGGCGGUAGUGGCGGUGGAGGCGGAGGAGGGGGUGGGGGUGGGAGUGGUGGCAGAGGUGGGGGCUUCGGUGGCGGCGGUGGAGGUGGAGGCGGCGGUGGCGGUGGCGGGAGGGGUGGAGUAGGCGGAGGCGGCGGCGGCGGAGGUGGAGCUGGUAGAGGCGGAGCUGUGCAGCGGGGACCCCAGCAGCAGCAGCGCUCUCGUGAGACCCCUUUGCCCCAGCAGCUUCGUGAGUGGUACGCGGGGCGCCAGGGGUCUGGGGGUGCUGGUCCCUGUACUUACGUCCUGCGCACCAGCGACCGCACUGGAGAGCAGUGUGGCGGCCUGCACGCCACCCAACGCUGCUUCGGUCGCCUGACAGACGCCUGGCAUGCCCAGUUCCCGGACGCUACUGAGAUCCCUCGUUGGGGUGAUCUGCUCAGGUCGGGGGUAGCUAUCUUUGAUCUUGACUUUGAUGCUAUUCUUGCUGCCAUGUAUGCUGUGUCUAUUAGUGCUGAGGGUGACUGUUACGUGUGUGUCCCGCCUGACCCUGGUAUUGAGGCUGCUGCUCUAGGUGCUCGUGAGUCUGCUGCUCCAGGUACUCGUGAGUCUGCUACUCUAGGUGCUGGUGAGUCUGCUCUCUCAGGUACCGCGUCGGCACAGGUCUUUCACACCUUCACCCUCGACUCGGGUGCUUCCCGCUCCUUCUUUCGAGACCACACCACCCUUACGCCGCUCAGUCGGCCGGUUGCGGUCUCCCUGGCAGACCCCUCUGGGGGUCCUGUCCUUGCUCGCUACUCCACUGUCCUCCCGUGUCCGGCGGCCCCGUCAGGCUCCCUGUCUGGUCUCUACCUCCCCUCGUUCUCUACGAACUUGGUGAGUGGUGCUGACCUUCAGGAUGCCGGGGUUGACCACUUCACUCCUGCGAGUCCUGAGUCUGCCCCCUGCUCGUGUCGCCUCCUGUCUCACCAGACCCUCCUCUGGCACCACCGCCUUGGUCACCCCUCCUUGCCUCGUCUCCGAGGCAUGGCCUCCCGUGUCCUUGUCUCUGGUCUCCCCCGGUCCCUCCCUCCCCUUCCCCCGGGGCCUGCCCCUACCUGCGUUCCCUGCGUCGAGGGGCGGCAGCGCGCCACUCCUCACUCCUCCGAGUUUCCCCCGACAGAGGCUCCGCUGCAGACUCUUCACAUGGACGUGUGGGGCCCAGCCCGCGUCCGUGGACAGGGUCACGAGCGUUACUUCCUGCUGGUGGUUGACGACUACUCGCGUUACACCACUGUCUUCCCCUUGCGCAGCAAGGGUGAGGUCACUGCGGUGUUGAUCGACUGGAUCCGCGUUGCUCGUCUCCAGCUCAGAGAGUGUUUCGGCUCGGACUUUCCUGUUCUGCGUCUGCACUCCGACAGAGGCGGAGAGUUUUCCUCCGACCUUCUGCGAGCCUUCUGUCCUGCGGAGGGCAUCCGCCAGACGUUCACGCUUCCGGCCUCUCCACAGCAAAAUGGGAUUGCUGAGCGUCGCAUUGGCAUGGUCAUGGAUGUCGCUCGUACAUCCAUGAUCCAUGCGGCUGCUCCCCAUUUUCUGUGGCCGUUCGCGGUUCAGUACGCGGCGCAUCAGAUCAACCUUCAGCCCCGGGUCUCCCUGCCGGAGACCUCCCCUACUCUGCGGUGGACGGGGAAGGUUGGUGAUGCGUCUGCGUUCCGUGUCUGGGGAUCUCGAGCGUUUGUCCGAGACUUGUCUGCGGACAAGCUGUCCUCCCGUGCUGUUCCUUGCGUCUUCCUCGGCUUUCCCCCUGACGCGCCUGGUUGGCAGUUUUACCACCCCACCUCGCGUCGUGUUCUGUCCUCCCAGGACGUCACGUUUGACGAGUCGGUUCCGUACUACCGUCUCUUCCCCUACCGCACUGCCCCCCUCCCCCCCCCGCCGCUCUUCCUCGCUCCCGGUCCCCCCCCGGUAGACCCCCUCCCCGCUCAGGGUCCUGCCCCCUCAGGUGUGUCCCAGGUAGAUGCAGUCGAGCCUGUCGAGGUAGCUACUGACUCUGGUGCGUCUGGGGGUGCUGAGCCUGAGCGUGCGGAGCCUGGGGGUGCUGGGUCUGGGGGUGCUGAGCCUGAGCGUGCGGAGCCUGGGGGUGCUGGGUCUGGGGGUGCUGUGCCUGAGUCCUGUCGGUGCUGGACCUGA